UUUAAAUUUAGUCUGACAUUCGCAUUUCAUUAGUCUCAAGAUGGCGAUAAAAUCGAAAUCUUCUGUGUAUUUUUCGCAAAUUUAAAUUUUGUUAUUUAUGUUCAAAAACACGUAAAAAGCGCAUAUAAAUACGUAAAUAUUGUUAAUAAGUUGACUGGAAAACAAUUAAAACACCAAAGGCGUGGAAAAAGUGGCCUUGGAAGACGCUACAGUGCAGCCAAAUAUACAGUCGCAGCAGAGCUGAAUGCUCAAGUUGGCAAACGCUAUGCAGACGAAGCUACAUUAGCAGUACGGGGGAAUUGUAACGGAAGACAAUUUUUUAGUGCAAAUUCAGAAUAAAAUAAUUUAUAGAGUCCUCGUUGUAAUAUUCUGCAUUGAAGCAUCUCAAAUAAAGUUUAUUGAGUGAGUGGGCGUGACGGUGGAAAAAUAUACAGUUUGGAUGAAGAAUUUUUCCCGGUACCUUGUAUUCUUAUACCGAUGAAGUGGUGAUUCCACCUUUUUUAAUAUAAAAGUCAGCAUGAUGAACAAUUAUAGCAACAUGAUGAUGGGCGAUCAAUUUCGCAAAAUGGAUAGUACAACAUAUUCGCCGAAGUCUUCACCACAUGGUGGUCGUUCACCUGUGGUAUCACGACAGGAUUCAUCGGGCACACUUAAGACUACAAUAUCACUUGGCAAAACGCCAACGAUAAUACAGACAGGACCAUUUUACUUAUGGAAAGAACCACCAGGCAAAGGCGAAUUGACGGGUGAUAAAGACUUAAUGACCGAAUAUGGUUUGCAUCACACACUAACUAAGUUUAAGGACAAAAAAGUUAAGGAGUCGUUAGCGUCGUUUCUACCCAAUUUACCUGGCAUUUACGACACCUCAAGCAAUCUGGAAAACAGCACACUGCGUAGUGUUAUUGAAAAACCGCCAAUUGGAGGCAAGGAACUGGUGCCAUUAACUGCCGUACAAUUAGCUGGUUUCCGCCUGCAUCCCGGACCUCUACCUGAACAGUAUCGUGCGCUGAAUACGACGCCUGCACGUAAACACAAAAAUAAGCAUAAAAAGCACAAACACAAAGACGGCGCUGUGCCACAAGAAACAUCACUCAUGGAUUCUGCUGGACUGGAGACCUACGAGCGUAAACAUAAAAAACAAAAACGUCAUGAAGAUGAUAAAGAGCGUAAGAAGCGGAAAAAAGAGAAGAAACGUAAAAAGAAAAGUCACAGUCCAGAGCCCUCUGCAGCAGGUUCCGUGACAGGUGGCAGUGGUGGUGGUGGCAGCGGUCCGAAUGUCGGUGUGAGUGGGGGCAGUGUGGGUGGUAGUGUUACAAUGGGUGGCAUGCCACCGAUGGUUGGUAGUGGCGGUAAUGCGGGCACAGUUGGGGGCGGUGUAAAUGUUAUGCCCGGCACAGUUGCAGCAAUGCAACAGCCAGUGCAACAACAACAAAUGACACCGGCGCCAAUGCUAAAUGACAUGGGUACGAUAUCACAGCAACUAAUGCUGUAGGGAUGAGACACAAUGCACUGUGUGCGCAGUGCAAACAGUGAAUGUGGCAAACAAAGAGAGAGUGUAAUGAAAAUGUGAAUCAAAAAGUAAGCAAAAUACAUGCGUUGUCGCGCUGAAACUUAAUAUUUGCAAGUUAAAAAAAAAACACAAAAACACAUUUUGUAUCCUCACACAAUUAGCAAACUAAAAUAUAAACAACAACAACAAAAAACUCAGCAAAUGUUUAUUUUGCAAUUUGCAAUUUUCUUACGAAGAUUUAGCAGCUGUAACUUAAUGUUUAGUUUAAUUUUAAUUUAAUUUUGGUUUUUCAAUAUACACUUUCCAAUUCAAAUAAUUUAUUCGAAACAAAAACGAAAAAAAGAGUUGUGUACA